AUGGGGAGCAGGGGAGCCCCAGGGGCCGCCGUCGUCGCCGCGGACGACGACGAUGACGACGAGGGCCCGGUGCCGGAGGCGUCGCAGCAGAGGUACCUCCCUGUGGAGCCGCACGACAGCGCCGUCGUCGCCGCGGACGACGACGAGGAGGAGGAGGGCCCGGUGCCGGAGGCCUCGCAGCAGAGGUACCGCCCCGUGGAGCCGCACGACAGCGCCGUCGUCCAGAUGGCGCCCCUCGACCCCGGCGCCUCCGCCGACCCCUCCUCGGGGCCCAGGCCCAUUAAUCCUGGUAGGAACAGAAGUAUGGAUCCAAGAAUGCGAGUGGCUUCUUCCAAUGCGCACCGUACAUCUAGUGCACGUCAAAGUGAUUCAAAGCUCGAGCUCUUCGGUUUCGACUCGUUGGUCAAUAUUUUGGGACUUAAGAGUAUGGCAGAAGAACCAGCUCAGACACCUGUCAGUCCUACGGAUAGUGAGGAUAUCGGUAUUACCAUCGGACGCCCUAAGGAAACUGACCCUAAACUCGGUACCAUGAUGGGUGUCUUUGUGCCGUGCUUGCAGAAUAUCUUGGGAAUAAUCUAUUAUAUACGUUUCACAUGGAUCGUCGGUAUGGGAGGCAUAUGGCAGUCCCUUGUUUUAGUUGCAUUAUGUGGCGCAUGCACAUUUUUAACUGCAAUAUCAUUAAGCGCGAUUGCAACAAAUGGGGCAAUGAAGGGUGGUGGACCAUACUAUCUAAUUGGCCGUGCACUAGGUCCAGAAGUUGGAGUUAGUAUUGGAUUAUGUUUCUUCCUUGGAAAUGCAGUUGCUGGGGCUAUGUAUGUGCUGGGAGCUGUAGAAACCUUUUUGGAUGCUGUUCCUUCUGCUGGAUUUUUUCAAGAGAAGGUUACAGUGGUCGAUAGUACAGCAAAUGGAGGCAGUGGAAUAACUAUAUCAACACCCAGCUUGCAUGACCUCCAGAUCUAUGGUGUCAUUGUGACCAUACUGUUGUGUUUUAUUGUGUUUGGUGGCGUCAAAAUUAUCAACAAGGUUGCCCCUGCUUUCUUAAUGCCAGUCCUCUUCUCAAUACUCUGCAUUUACAUUGGUGUCUUGAGUGCUCCAGGACCCAACUCUCCAAAGGGAAUCACUGGGUUAAGUACGACUACACUAGUUGACAACUGGAGUGCAGAUUACCAACCUACAAAUGAUGCUGGAGUUCCUGAUCCAAAUGGGCCUAUAUAUUGGGAUUUUAACGCAUUGUUAGGUCUCUUUUUCCCAGCUGUUACAGGAAUCAUGGCUGGUUCGAACCGCUCUGCUUCACUUAAAGACACACAAAGUUCAAUACCAAUUGGAACAUUAUAUGCUACCCUUUUAACUACUAUGAUGUAUCUACUGUCUGUGUUUCUGUUCGGAGCCUUGGCUACAAGACAAGAGCUUCUAACUGACAGGCUCCUAACAGCUACAGUCGCUUGGCCUGCCCCAGCAGUAAUUCACAUUGGCAUUAUCUUGUCUACUUUAGGUGCAGCGCUGCAGAGUCUAACAGGGGCUCCAAGGUUACUUGUGGCAAUAGCGAAUGAUGACAUUCUCCCUGUUCUAAACUGUUUUAAAGCUUAUGAAGGGUCUGAGCCGCACGUGGCGACUCUGUUUACAAGCUUCAUCUGUAUUAGUUGUGUUGUGAUUGGGAACUUGGAUCUAAUUACACCCACUAUCACUAUGUUUUUCCUUCUGUGCUAUGCCGGUGUGAACCUUUCCUGCUUUCUGCUUGACCUCCUCGAUGCUCCAAGUUGGCGUCCUCGAUGGAAGCUUCACCAUUGGAGCCUUUCUCUCAUCGGCGCAUUGCUUUGCAUUGUUAUCAUGUUUAUGAUCUCUUGGGCUUUUACUGUGGUCUCUCUUGCCCUUGCAAGCCUUAUCUACUACUAUGUCAGCUUAAAAGGAAAGGCUGGAGACUGGGGAGAUGGAUUUAAGAGUGCCUACUUUCAACUAGCUCUGCGAAGUCUUCGAUCACUGGGAGCAAACCAAGUUCAUCCAAAAAAUUGGUACCCUAUUCCUCUCAUAUUCUGCCGCCCUUGGGGCAGACUUCCAGAAGAUGUCCCAUGCCACCCAAAGCUUGCAGAUUUCGCUAAUUUCAUGAAGAAAAAGGGACGUGGCAUGUCGAUAUUCGUCUCUAUAAUUGAUGGUGACUAUCAUGAAUCUGCUGAGGAUGCAAAGGCAGUCUGCAGGCAACUAAGCGCUUAUAUUGACGACAAGCGCUGUGAGGGUGUUGCGGAGAUCAUCGUGGCACCCUCGAUGUCCGAUGGGUUUCGCAGCAUUGUUCAGACAAUGGGCCUGGGAAACUUGAAGCCAAACAUCGUGGUCAUGCGCUACCCUGAAAUCUGGCGGGAUGGAGGGCUGAUGCUUCUGCUGUCUCAGCUCCUACUAACCAAGGAUAGUUUCGAGGACUGUAAGAUCCAGGUCUUCUGCAUCGCCGAAGAGGACUCCGAGGCCGAGGAGCUAAAGGCUGACGUCAAGAAGUUCCUGUAUGAUCUCAGGAUGCGAGCAGAGGUUAUCGUCGUCACCAUGAAAUCCUUCGAAGCGCAUGCGGACGGCAGUUCCAGGAUUGAUGACACUCAAGAAGCUUACACAAGCGCACAGAACAGAAUCAGGGUAUACCUUUCAGAGAUGAAGGAGACCGCGGAGAGAGAAGGGCGGCCCCUGAUGGAGGGCGGCAAGCAGGUCGUGGUUAAUGAGCAGAAGGUGGACAAGUUCCUCAACACCAUGCUGAAGCUGAACGCUACCAUCCUCAGGCACUCCAGGAUGGCCGUCGUGGUGCUGGUGAGCCUCCCGGCGCCGCCGCUGAACCAGCCCGCCUACUGCUACAUGGAAUACAUGGAUCUGCUCGUCGAGAACGUGCCGCGGAUGUUGAUGGUUAGGGGAUACAGAAGAGAUGUUGUCACACUUUUCACAUGA